AUGACCUGGGUGACUUUUUUGAAAGAGAAAUCUAAAGCUCUUGAAAAAUUUAAAGUAUUCAAGGCUUUGGUUGAGAAUAAAAAAGAUUUGAAAAUCAAGAGUUUACGUUUUGAUAAUGGAGGUGAAAUUACAUCUAAUGAAUUUGUUAGUUUUUGUGAGGAAAAUGGAAUUAAAAGACAGAUUUCACAACCUAGAACACCUCAACAAUAUGGUUUUGUUGAGAGGAAAAAUAGAACAGUUCAAGAAAUGGCCCGGAGCAUGAUGAAUGAGGCCAAAAUCAAUGAUGCUUUUUGGAGAGAGGUUGCUCAUACAGUAGUUUAUAUUCAAAAUAGAGGUUUGUUGAGAGCAAAGCAUAACAAAACUCCUUAUGAGCUUAGGAAAGAAAGUGUUAAUGUUAAAGUUCAUGAGAUUACUAACACUUGUAAUGAGGAUGAAAAUGGUAGAAACAAUGCUCAAAAGGAGGAAGCAAUAGGUGCUGCUCAACCUUCUUCAAAUACACAAGAUGGAACAACAAGUAUUAAUGUUCAAAACAGCUCUAAAAAUGCUCAAUCAGAGGUUACAAGCACUUCUCCUUAUUCUAGUUUGCAGUUUGGGACAGCAGAUAUACAUUAUAAAAAUGAAUUAGAAAAUGAUCAUGGUAAGACUACUUUUAAGACUCCUAAGUUCGUGCAAAGAAAUCAUCCUGUUGAUCAAACCUUACCUGAAAAUAGAGCUAGAGCUACUAGAAGGAAUGUUAAUUAUUUUGAAGAUGAAGAUGUUUCUUUGCUGUCUAUGUUUGAACCUAAGUAUUUUGAAGAAGCACCUAAAGAUAAACAUUGGAUAGCAGCCAUGAAAGAAGAGCUCGAUCAAAUUCAAAAGAGUUUUAAAGUGUUUCAGAUGGAUGUAAAAUCUGUUUUUUUUAAUGGUAAUUUAAGUGAAGAUGUAUAUGCUGAACAACUUGACAAAUUUAUUUUAUCUGACAAACAUAAUUAUGCGUGCAAGCUGAAAAAGGCACUGUAUGGCCUUAAACAAGCUACCCGUGCAUGGUAUGACAAGUUGGAUAAGUACUUGCAACAAAAAGGUUUUAGAAAAGGAAUGGCGGAGAACAAACUCUAUGUGAAAGAAGAAAGUAAGCAAUUGUUGAUUGUUGUAGUUUAUGUGGCUGAUCUAAUUUUUGGUGGUGACUGUGUAGGUAUGUGCAAAGAAUUUGCAACUAAAAUAAAGCACUAA